AUCAUCAGGCCCCUAGUAGAUCAUGACCAAACUUUCGAUAUAGCGGUCACUGUGUGGUUGAGGGCACAAGAGGAGGAGGAGAAAGCCUGGAAAGACAGUUCAAUGCUGAACAUCUUGAACUCGGACUUUGACGCCUCUGUCGCGGAAAGACAGAGGCGUGUGGAGGAAGACUUACUUGAGGUUCCCCUCUACUCCGACAUCGUAUUUCGUGGACUUCGCCUUUCGGACAGGCACAUAACAGCGGACGUCAAAUUCCGUCUUCCUACGAGGAAAUUCCUCGAUCAAAACCUGACGGUUACGGACCUCCGUGGCUCGUUCGUGCUCAUACCUUCCUCCCCGUCUCCCCUCGACUACCUCGUCAACUUCUCAACCUCGUGGCCAAGGUCCAUUUCGCGGCUUCCACUU